UCCUCUCUCCCCUUCCACAACAGUGAAUGCGACACAUAUCCCAGUCCUGUCUGCAAGAAUCAGGCCAACUUCGUACCAGGCUAUAACUUCAUCGGGGAAGGAGUUGAUAUCACCACUCUGGAGAAGAAAGGAGCUUAUGUGGUGGAUAUCAGCAAGUGGCAGGGACCCAACGGGACGUGUACCCUGUGUCGGAAUCAUAAGAUGGGUGAGAAGCUGCAGAGACUCCCCCUGGUUGGGGUGGACUGGCGGGAGAAGGAAACCUGCCAACGACAAGCAAGCAACUUUGUGGAUGAGUUAGACAUAGAUGUGGCCAACGCAGUAGCCAAAGAAGUGAAGAAUGACUGGAAAAUGGAGUUGGCUGAGGAUUUCAUGAAGGAGGACUUGGGGUUCUCCAAAGCCCAGGUGGCUUUUGCUGGCUCUCACUCCAACAUGGCCAUUUUUGCACAUCAGAAAACCCGCGAGGACAGAUACAGCUUUCUGAGGAAUGAGAUCGAAUGCGAACAUUACAGUCUGAGACUUCAGCAGAAUCCUCUGCUGUCCUUCCAUUUUGCUUGGGCCAUCGGCAGGUUGCCUCCCUAUCACGAUCCUGAGGAAUACCAGAAUUUCAUCAACAUCUACGGCACCCAUUAUAUCAACCGGGUGUAUCUGGGCGGGCGAGCCCGCUAUUUGCUGGCCUUUAAAACGUGUGCCAUGAGCUUAAUGGGGUUCACGGCGGAGAAAGUCAAGGCCUGUUUGGAUUUGGAGACAUCCCUGAAACGUAAAGGGCUUUGGGGAGCUGUCUCCUUCCAUUCCGAAUGUGCCAAGCUCUGGUUUGGGAAAUCUAAACCCAGCUUCUACGACCUUUAUAUGACCCAGCACACCGAGUUGAUAGGAGGUCACAUACAGAUGCUCUUCUCGGACAGCAGAGACAUGCACCAUCUCUCCGAGUGGAUGGAGAGCACCAAAAGGACACCCGGGCUGGUGUCUUAUUCCCUUUUGUCUCUACACACCUUGUUGAACAAGACGGAUCCCAGGAGAGAUUUUUUGAAGCAAGCCACUGUGAGCUACAUCAAACGGAGAGCCCUAAGGAGAGAUUGUCGUCAAAGCUGUCCCGAGAAUAACUUCAACAGCUGGGUCCGAAGGUGCACCUGCAUGUGUAUACCGAACGGUAUCAUCAACGACAAAUGUUGUGGCACCGAGCGGGGCAGGGCGUACCUCAAGUUCCAUGUGGACAGCGGAUCCGGUCUUUGGGGUGACCAUUUUUCCUCCACCGAUGCCUAUGUCAAAUUUUUUUUUCAAAACCAGGAAAGGCGCACUAGGGUCAUCGGUGGGAACAACGAUCCUCAGUGGUCGGAAAAUCUGGACUUUGGGGCUAUCACGUUGGAGGGCAACGACAAGUUUGUGGUGGAAGUUUGGGACAGCGAUGUUUGGCACGAUGACCUCUUGCAUAGAUGUCACGGGAGGUUGAGGUCAGGUCUUAGCAACUGGCAAAAAUGCUACCUCCGUUACGGACACGUUAAGUUCUAUUACGUGUUGAUGUGUGCCCCCACUCUGACCGGGUCCAGCUGCCAUGACUACGUCCCUUUGCAUCUGCCAACCUCCUAUUUCAACAACACUAAUACCAAUUGGGAAACUUCAUGGUCACACAAAUUUCGUGCCUAGGGACUGCAUGGGUAGGGCUCAUCCUGAUAAAUUAAGGCAUUAUUCAGAAUUGGAAGGAAUCUGUUAUGAUGUCCCUAUGAAUUUUCUUCUAUGCAACAACUGGGAAAGAGUUGUGGAACAGAUGAUUCCUACACAAUGUACUUGUAGUCCUCAAUU